AUGUCUUUAAAUUAUAUCAAGAACUUCUAUGAAGGAUGUCUAAGACCUCCAACAGUGAUUGGUCAGUUCCACACCCUUUUCUUUGGUUCUGUGCGAAUGUUUUUCCUUGGUGUCCUUGGUUUUGCCGUGUAUGGGAAUGAGGCCUUGCAUUUCAGCUGUGAUCCAGAUAAGAGGGAGGUGAACCUCUUCUGUUACAACCAGUUUCGACCGAUAACUCCUCAGGUAUUUUGGGCCCUACAGUUGGUAACCGUUCUAGUUCCCGGAGCAGUUUUCCAUCUCUACGCAGCCUGCAAGAGUAUUGAUCAAGAAGACAUACUUCAGAAGCCUGUUUACACAGUUUUUUAUAUUAUUUCUGUUCUGUUAAGGAUUACUUUGGAAGUAGUAGCUUUCUGGCUACAGAGUCAUCUUUUUGGCUUCCAAGUUAAUCCAGUCUUUAAAUGUGAUGCAGGAAGUCUUGAUAAGAAAUAUAAUCUUACCAGGUGCAUGGUUCCUGAACACUUUGAGAAAACAAUCUUCCUCAUUGCUAUGUACACAUUUACCGUAAUUACAAUGGUAUUGUGUGUAGCUGAGAUUUUUGAGAUCCUAUGCCGGCGGUUGGGAUUUUUAAACAAUCAGUGAUCGCUACAACCUAACCAUCUAUUCUUUUUCUGGUGCUCAUACUAAGGGUGUCAUUUAUCAACGAGUAAUA